AUGUCGGUCUUCACAACCUUCUUCUCGCAACCACGCCUGGUCUUCAGCACCGCAAUCCUCCUCCGUCUUGGACUUCUCCUAUACGGACGAUGGCAAGACGCCAAUGGCCCAGUCAAAUACACCGACAUCGACUACUUCGUCUUCACAGACGCCGCGCGUUUCGUAGCACAAGGCCGCUCUCCCUACGACCGGGCAACGUACCGGUACACACCACUUCUGGCCUGGCUUUUGCUUCCGACUGCCUGGCAGACGAAGGGCGUCCCGCACCAUCUCUGGUUUGACUUUGGCAAGGCAUUGUUUGCUACUGGUGACAUUGUAACUGGAUGGCUCAUCAUGCGUAUCCUUGUCCGGAAGCAAGGCAUGCGCAGUGAGCAAGCGAUGAAGUAUGCAAGUCUGUGGCUGCUCAAUCCAAUGGUGGCCAAUAUUAGCACGAGAGGAAGCUCUGAGGGUCUGCUUGCUGUUUUAGUCAUUGGGCUGCUGUGGGCGGUCCUCGAGAACAGGAUCGCUCUUGCUGGCAUACUGUUGGGACUGAGCGUGCACUUCAAGAUCUACCCGUUCAUUUACGCAGCAAGCAUCUGGUGGUGGCUCGGAAGCGAGGAUGCUGGCACGACACCAUCCACAGAUCUGCUGUCGAGGCUGAAGUCCUUUUGCACAAGAGACAGGGUCACAUUGGCUGCGUACAGCUUAACGUCCUUCAUGGUUCUAAACGUUGCUAUGUACUCUUUCUAUGGCAUGCCAUUCAUCGAGCACAGCUACACAUACCACUUCACGCGCAUCGAUCACCGGCAUAACUUCUCAGUGUACAACACCGUACUGCACCUCAACAGUGUCCAUGGUGACAGCUCGCCUUUCAAGAUCGAGUCCUUUGCUUUCGCACCCCAGGUGUUGCUCAGCCUGGGUGCAUUGCCAUCCCAGCUUGCGAAGAAAGACCUGCCGAGCACGAUGCUUGCGCAGACGUUCGCUUUCGUCACCUUCAACAAGGUGUGCACUAGCCAAUACUUCUUGUGGUACAUGGUCUUUCUACCAUUCUACCUUCCCGGGUCUUCGAUGCUUCGAAAACCGUCUCUGGGCAUUACUGCCUUAGCUCUCUGGGUUGUCGGCCAAGCUGCGUGGCUCCAGCAAGCUUAUGGGCUCGAGUUUCUCGGCCACUCCACUUUUGUGCCUGGCCUAUGGCUCGCGAGUAUGUUGUUCUUUGGCAUCAACUGCUGGAUCCUCGGCAUCAUUGUCCAGGAUAUCGGGGUUCAGCCGGGAUCCAGUGCAAGUCCAGAGGUCUCAAAGCAGAAGAAGUCGAGGUGA